AUUUAGAUGUGCGUUAUAUAAACACGCCUGUAAGACUUUACCAUAAGGCAAUCUUCUGGAAUGCAAUUAUUAUUGGAUGCUUUAUACAACAAUAUCCUUCCAGGUAGUUGGUAUCGCCCGAGUUAUUAAAAGGACUGGCACUGCCUAGCGACUCAGUGCUCCCGGAGUCGAGGAGAAAGCGCUGGUUAUGAUUAUAUGAUUGAAAUACGGUAUUAGACGAUCAAUGGAAAUGCACAAUUAAAGACAAGGGUAAAAGAGCCUUGCUGACCUGAGUUUCUACAGCAUCUGUGAUGGACGCCUCUAAAUAAGCAAACAGCUUCCCUAGCAAUGGCCGGUACAGUGUACUGAGAGACCACACGGGAGUGAGCAGUGAAGAAGGGACUACUACAAUGGUAACCCUAAUAACAGAGAAGCUUCAGAACCAGUGUCUGGACGAUCUAACAUGUAAAGCUUACUGCAUUAACCUGCACUCUCCUGAAAAGCUGAUCCAAAGUGGCAGCCUGUUCUCUUACGAAAUCCAUGAAGAGAGCCCGUGGAGAGUGAUAAGCAGGGGCUCUCCCACCAGGACCGAGACCUCUACGACGACCAAGAAUGCACCUUUCCAUUUCCCUGUGUGCCCCUUCAGCCACGGUGCCACCGACAGCAUGGCAUUACAGUGGCAUCGGGAAGCCAUCACUGUAGCUGCCACGACCAGCAGCAGUGGUACCUGUGGUGGAGUGAGCAGCAGCGUGUCGGUCCUGCCGGGCUGGAUCAGCGAACUGAACCUCGAGAACUGCAUGCAGCCGCUGGCGCCUCCCACUAAACGGCACUGCCGCUCCCUGUCGGAGCCUGACGAGCUGGCACGCUGCCGGUCCCCAUGGAAACCUAGCAGCAGCUCUAAAGUCUGGACUCCCGUCUCCAAGCGGCGCUGCAACAGCGGGGGCAGUGCCACUCUGCAGCGCUGCAAUAGCCACGGCAGUGCAACCCUGCCGCAGCCUUCCUACUCAUCCUCCUCCUCUUCCUCCAGCAGCUGUAGCAGCAAACACAUGCUCUCCCUGAACAACAGCGCUUUCAGUGUCACCAGCAGUGGCAGCUUCAGUGCUUCACCUGUGCCCCGGCCUUCCUCCGCCAGCAGUGGCUUUGUGGACAGUAGCGAGGGGAGCACGACCUUGUCUGGCAUCCACUGGCACUCAGGGGGCCCUUAUGACCACCACCCCCGGCGGCGGCUCUCUCUAUCGCAGGAGCACAUCACCGACACUGGGAACCUCCUGCCUUCGGCUAACAGCACUCCCACCUCCACCCCGGAGCUGAGCCGCCGGCAGGGCCUCCUGCGCUGCCGCUCCCAGCCCUGCGUGCUCAACGAGCGGAAAAGCGGGCUGAAGCGCAGGCGCGAGGAAGAUGUGCGGUGGAGCCGACCGUCCUUGGAUUUCCUCAAAAUGACAAGGACUUUAAAAAAUUCAAAGAGCCUUUGCUCUCUCGAUUAUGAGGAGGACGAUGAAGAUGACGAAGUCGAUGACGAUCCUCACAUGAAGACCAUUGUGUCGUCUCCCUGUGACUCUAAUGACCUUUUAAUGAACAUCAUCACUCCCGGCUCCAGCCCCAUGAAGGAGAACUCUGUCCGACACCACCACAAAGUGGGAGGUCGCCACCUGCGGAGCUUCGGGAGUACUGCAGCUGUGAGUGAGAGUGAUGAGGACACCAGCGAUUGUGAGAGCACGGAGUUCCCUCUGGACUUUGUGGACCUGGAUCUAGAACAGAUCGAAAACAAUUGAGUUGCCAGAUGUUGUUUUUUUUUUUGAAGUUCCUUGACAAAGGACUAACUUUUUUGCAUUGCAUUGCAUAAAAACCCCACAAACCCUGUUCGACCAACCUACCCACCCAUCCCUCCUGUACCCACCCACAAAAAAAUAUAAAAAAAUAAAAUAAAAUAAAAGGAAAAAAAAAAAAAUUGUAUUGGCUAUUUUUGGGCCUGCUUUAGAAGAUGACAUUCAUUCAGUGAAUGCACAAUUAAGAGGAAAUUAUUUUGGAUUAAAAAAAAUAAAAUAAAUGUAAAUAUGAAAACUCUGAAAUCUUAUUCGAUACUUUGCAUUUUACAGCUUAGUUCUGAAAAAAGAGAAACUUAAUACAGACUUGUAAUAUAAAUUAGGCUUUAAAAAAGGCCUUCUAUUAAAUUGAACAGGUUUGUCUAUAGUAGCAUCUAUGUGGGUAUAUGAACUGAUUUUGUGGAAAAAGCCAAGACUUCUAAACAAUCAUCUUAAAAUGAAAUAAAAAGUUGAAUAUUGGAAUUAAUGACUUGGGCAAAUGGUAAUUGACUGUGUGUAGGUUUGGUUGCUAGACAGGUCUUCCAGACUGCACAAGAACUGCCUGUACAGCUAUUAAAACUUCAUAAACAGGAAAUAUUUUUCUUUUAAACCUAAAAAAGUGCAGUAGCCAAUUAAAAAAAUUAAAAAAAAUAAAAACAAAACAAAAAAAUGUAGCAUUCAUAACAGGCUUCCUGCAGAUUCUCAAUAGAUUACUCAGUUACCUCAAGUUAAAGUGGAUUUAAUUUCUCAAUGGCUUUGUAAGCUUCAUAAAGAAGCAUAUUUGUUUUGGCUUUUGGCAGCUGGUUAGACCUUUGGCAGAGUGGUUUGCAGGCAUUUGCCAGUCCGUCUCCUGGUCCUCCCUGACCUUCCACUUAUGCUGCUGCGGCUAUUCUCUUGUGAUCUGAGCACCUCCACUGCCUGUUUGUUCUAACACUACUCGUUUCGUAUUCAAACCUGACUGCUGCUGAUUUAUGUAAGAGGAUGUCACACUUUUUUUGUAACGAAAGCAGGAUUGACCAAACAGGUAGUCUCUAAAAAAGGUUCUUGCAGAAAAGAGAAAUCUGGGUUUUAACAGUACCCACAUGUCUGAUCAUUCUUGUCGUGAUGUGUUAUAUAUAUAUUAAGUUCCCCAGGGGUUGAACCCCCUCUGCAAUACUAGAGGGAAACUAGUCCUUCGAAUAAAAUAAAAUGGAUCUUUGCUUUGCAACAUG